AUGAAUAAGGAGGGAAAACCAGUCCAGCGAAUUCGCUUCGACGCUACGGAUGAGGAGGCAGGCCGUGAGCCGCUUGAGUGUGCGCGUGAUCGUCGUCGUCGUCGCAGCAGUGUGGGCAGUCUGUCGAUUCACAGCACAGGUGGUGCAAGGAACGUAGAUCCUGGGACUGCGCUGCCUAUCACUUACCGUACACUAUCCAUCGAAGUCGACGAGGAGAAACAAAAGAAGCAGUCGGAGAUUAAGCGCGCAAAGGAAAAGGGCGCUGUUGACCUUGCUGUCCUUGAAUGGCACACCCUAGAAGUUGAAGAACUUUGCCGACGUCUCUCUGUCGAUACAAAUCAAGGUCUCUCAGAUGAUCAGAUCAAGCGACGCGUUGCCGAGUAUGGCAGGAAUAAAAUGUCGCCUCCCCCUUCAAGCCUCUUCGGAAAGAUCAUAGGCUAUUUCUAUGGUGGCUUCGGAAGUAUUUUGCUCAGCGCUGGUAUCCUCGUCUUCAUCUCAUGGAAGCCCCUUGGAGAUCCUCCAGCGGAGGCUAACUUGGCACUUGCCUGUGUCCUGAUCGCAGUCUGGCUCAUCCAGGCUGCUUUCAACGCAUGGCAGGAUUGGUCCACCAGCCGCGUAAUGGCCUCCAUUGGGACCAUGCUUCCUGACCAGUGUAUUGUCAUUCGCAAUGGUUCGCAGGCCAGCGCAUCUGCUCUCGACCUGGUGCCUGGCGACAUUAUUGUCAUCAAACAAGGCAACAAGCUGCCCGCCGAUGUUCGCUUCGUUGAAGUUUCCAGCGAUGCUAUGUUCGAUCGCGCUAUUCUUACCGGUGAAUCGGAGCCUGUACACGCGACCGUCCAAUCUACAGAAGAAAACUACCUCGAGACCAAUAAUAUCGGCAUGCAGGGUACGCACUGUAUAUCCGGUAGCUGCUUGGGUGUCUGCGUCGCGACUGGUGACAGCACCGUCUUCGGACGCAUCGCAAAGCUUACCUCGGACCCCAAGACUGGCAUGACACCAUUACAAAAGGAGAUUCUUCGCUUCGUCCUCAUCAUCUCGACUUUUAUCACAGUAGUGGUCAUUGUCAUCAUUGUUCUCUGGGCUGCAUGGCUGCGCAAAGACCACCCUAACUGGAUCAGCGUUCCGCUCCUAAUCGUCAGUUGCGUGUCGGCUGCGGUCGCUUUCAUCCCCGAAGGUCUACCCAUCGCACUUACUACGAGCUUGACUAUCGUUGCCAACAUCAUGAGGAAGAACAAGAUUCUGUGCAAGUCGCUUAAGACUGUUGAGACUCUAGGGUCAGUUUCAGUCAUUUGCUCUGAUAAGACUGGCACUUUGACAAAGAAUAGCAUGGUCGUCACCAACCUCUACGCUGGAGGCGAAGAGCACACGCCCGAAGCAGCCCGCGACCUCAUGGCUGCCCUUAGAUCCGGGAACAGCAUUGCUGCCAUCUCAAAUAAGAGAGAGGAUGUCAUCGAUCGCGUGCGCAUGCUCGCUGGUCUUUGCAACUCCGGAGAGUUCGAUGCUUCCACGAUGCACCUCCCCAUUGCAGAACGCAAGAUCAACGGUGAUGCGACAGACCAGGCCCUGCUUCGUCUUUCCGAAAGCCUUGGUUCAGUGGCUGAGCUUCGUCGCGACUACAAAAAGGUCUUCGAGAUUGCUUUCAACAGCAAAAACAAGUUCAUGGUGAGGCUUAUGAGUCCGGCUAACCAAAACGCGACCGGUAGCAUCGCAACACUCAUGAUCAAGGGUGCGCCUGAUAUUCUUCUCGAUCGUUGCGAGACAAUUCUCGACAACAAGGGCGAGUUUGUUCCUCUAACUUCUGGUCAAUUAGCCCGCAUCGAACGCAUCAAGGAUGACUGGUCUUGCCAGGGCAAGCGUGUCAUCUUGCUCGCUCAGAAGCCAACCAUUGCUCCAUUCUCUGCCAAUGCUGAAAAGGAAGUUCUUGUCGCUGCUCGUCAAGGUCUGACUUUCGUCGGUAUGGUUGGUAUCGUUGAUCCUCCUCGCGACGAGAUCCCUGGUGUCGUUCGCAUCCUCCGUGGUGCUUCUAUCCGUAUUUUCAUGGUCACCGGCGACUUCAAGCUCACGGCGCAAGCUAUUGCAGAAGAAUGCGGUAUCCUUUCGAAUUCGGCACUUGUCGAUGAAAUCAGCGCCCUUAGUCACGAUGGCAAGAUCGGCACGACGAAGCAGUCUAUCGUCCUGAGUGGACCGGAACUCAUCACUCUGAAUGAGGCGCAAUGGGACCAGCUUUGCCAGUACCAGGAGAUUGUCUUUGCAAGAACGACGCCUGAGCAGAAGCUUCGUAUUGUCAAGGAGUUUCAGUCUCGCGAGAAUAUUGUCGGUAUGACCGGUGACGGUGUCAACGAUGCUCCGUCUCUCAAGGCCGCCGACAUUGGUAUUGCCAUGGGCAGUGGCUCUGACAUUGCCAUCGAAGCUGCUGAUAUGGUCCUUCUUGACUCUUUCGCCGCAAUCGUUGAAGCAGUCCAAUACGGUCGACUUGUCUAUGAUAACCUCAAGAAGACCAUCGUGUACCUCCUUCCCGCAGGAAGUUUCUCUGAGCUCUGGCCCGUCAUCACCAACGUCGCAUUCGGUAUUCCCCAGGCCCUGUCUUCUUUCCUCAUGAUCAUCAUUUGCUGUCUCACUGAUUGCGCCGCUGCCAUCACACUUGCGUACGAGAAGCCCGAAGCCGAUCUUAUGCUACGCCCACCCCGCAAUCCGCGUAAGGACCGCCUGGUUAACACUCAUCUCAUCUUCCAUGCCUACUUCUUUGUCGGUCUGAUACAAUGCUUCCUCUCCUUCACAAUGGCCUUCUGGUACCUGGAGACCCAGGGCAUUCCUUUCACAGCCAUGUGGCUAAAAUAUGGUGUCUACGACCCUCAUUAUGAUGCCGACUACAUCAACGAGAAAUUCAAGACCGCAUCUAGUAUCUACUUCGUCACGCUUGUUGUCAUGCAGCUUUUCAAUCUGCUGGCGACGCGCACACGUCGACUUUCAAUUUUCCAACAGCCGCCGCUUUUCAACAAGGAGACGCAGAAUUGGCUGCUGUUCCCUGCCAUGGGUUUUGCGAUCGUCGUUGUUUUCAUUUUCUGUUACAUCCCUGGCCUGCAAAAUACGAUCGGUACCAGGCAGGUGCCAGUGGAACAUUGGUUCCUGCCCGCUGCGUUCGGUUUUGGAUUGUUGAUGUUGGACGAGGCAAGAAAGUACUGCAUAAGAAGGUGGCCUCAGGGCCUUCUUGCGAAUAUCGCAUGGUAG